GUUAAUUCCAUCCUAACAUCUACUUCACGUCCUCGACUUCCUAACCAACCGACUCCUCCGACAUGAACUUUGACUUCACGAUCUAAACCAAACCCCCCACACAAACAAACACAGACCACCAUGCGCCGUCUACGCCCUCUACCAACCCUCUCGCUGAUUCUCCCUGUCCUCGCCCUCGUCUCCCCAUCCGCCGCCGAACGCCCCCGCACGUGCUACUUCCCCGACCACAGCAUCUCCAACGACGUGCCCUGCACCUCCGACACCUACACCCACUGCUGCACCGCCGGCGACAUCUGCCUCGACAACGGCUACUGCUACAGCGUGGCGCACCAGCCCUACGUGCUGUCGCGCGGUAGCUGCACAGACCAGAACUGGGGCGCCGACUGCCCACAACUAUGUUCGGGAUCGCAAAACAACAUCGGCGGCGGCUGCUCCAUCACCAGCCUGCUCUUCCUCGACGGCAUCUCCACCUACUGCUGCGGCAACCCCAUCUACGACGAAUCCACCGGCAACGUGACGUGCCCCAACGGCGAAAAACCCUUCGAAAUGCCCUCCGCCAAGGUCCUGCUGGGUCGCGCGGCCCUGGCCAACGGCACCGCGGGGGACGGCACCGCGAACACGGGCAUGGUGGAUGACCGGUGCGGUGUCAGCGCCGAGGAGAGGGCUGUGAGGACGGCCAUAGGGGCUGGGGUCGGGUUGCCGUUGGGGGUGGUGGCGCUGUUGGCGCUGGGGUGGGCGUUUUGGGAGAGGAGGGCGAGGAGGAAGGCUGAUGCGAUGUAUAGGGGGGUGGGAGGAUGGCUGUACGCUAAUGAGAUGGUACUGGGUAACCGAUUUAGUUAG